AUGGCCAAUUCCGCGCACCGUGCCUCGUAUGUUGUGAGAGACAAGGACGAUGAAGACCCGAAGCCAGGACCACCGCCACCCAAAGACACAAACUCUGCUCAAGCAGUCUCUGCGGCUCUACCUACCGCGACCGGAUCUCAGGCCAGUACUGUGCCAUCAUCAACAGCUGCAACACCAGGAGCAUCAGGAACAUCAGAAACCUCAGGAAUAUCAGGCUACUCAGAAUCAUCGGGGUCAUCCAAGGACACGUUCGGCCCGGCAGAAAGUGCAGGAAUCGGAGUCGGAGUCGCCCUUGCACUACUUCUCCUAGCCUUAGGAGCAUGGCUCUUCAUACGCCGCAGACGAAGGCGCAGAAUGAGCAAAGCCUCACUCGGCUCAUCGACACCUGACACCGAAGCCGGCCUCGCCAACAAAGAAUACGGCGCCCCCAGCAUUCGAGAAAUGGAAGCCGAAAGACGAGCGUCCGAGCUGGCUGCCCACAUGGGUCCCGUCGAAGUCCCAGGCGACCCAGAGUUCGUGGCCGAGUUAGAAGGUUCAGAUGCCGCCAUCGGGGCGGUUGCAGAGAAGAAAGAUCGCGAGCGUCUCUUUGCUGAUGCGCCGCUCGACGAACCUGGUGACCGUGAUGAGUUUGGAUUUAGCAGGAAUAACAGCAGGAGGAGCGAUGUCAAGGGCGGCAUCGAUUUCAAAGGCUACGACGUCAAGAAAUUUGACUCCUAG